AUGGAGCCAAAUUCUUCUCCGAGACGUACGGUGAGGGAACAGAAGGCAUCACAACCAGAUAGUCAAAAUGAAGACCAAAAGCACAAAGAAAAGAAACUGCAGAAAGAGAGGUCUGUUUAUGAGGCAGACACUUAUAAACAUGAACGCAAAGACAGAGGGAAGAGCAAGGAAAGAACGAAAAAGAGAGAGAGAUUUAAAUCUGGUGAAAGAGAUAGGGAUAAAAUGAGAGAGAGAGAAAGGGGAAAAGAGCACCAGAGAGAAGGAGACCGAGAGAGAUACAAAGAUAAUCUUCAAGAGUCAAGUUUGGAGAAGGAAAGAUACAGUGUCCCAAAAGACAGGGAGGGCAACAGGGAACGAGACAAAAAGCAUAAAAGACAUGAGAUAAAGCAAAUAGAUACACAAUAUAGUCUGAAAUCAUUUGAAGGACGAGAUAAAGAACAUCACAGAAGAAGAGAAAGCAGGCAUCAUUUGGAGGAGGAGAAAAGAAGUGAAGAGCGAGAAAGAAGACGUACAGAAAAGAAGGAUAAAGAUACCAAAAAGAGCAUUGAUAAAGUUUUAGCCUACAAAGUUGAAGAAGGUGACCAUGUACACAAGUUUCAGAAAGAUCAAGAGUUGGAUAAAGAGGGAGAAAGAAGACACAGAGAAAAAAAAGAACAUUCUGUUAGGCCAGGAAAAGAUAGGCUUUCAAAAGAGAGAAGUCAUAAACGUUAUGAAAAGGAAGAGGAAGAAAAACAUAAAUCAAAGAGAUCUAAAGAGGGAUCUUCGCAUGGACACAAAGAAAGGCAACCAGCAGAAGUUAAUGAGAGAGUAAAAAGUAGAGAAAAUGAAAGAAAGAAGCAUGAUCUAAGGAACAGUGAAUACAAAAAAGAGGAGACGAUUCAAGAAGAAAUGAGCGAUCAGCAUGUCAGGACUGUAAAAGAUAAAGGAAAACUCAUAGAAAAAGAGGAAAAGAACCCAAGACAAGAGGAAAUGAGAGAUACACACAUCUAUAAUUCAGACAUGGGAUUUGAUAACUUUUCAGCAAAUUAUGAAGAUGAUUUUGAAGAUUAUGAAGAUGAUUUUGAUGAUGAUGAAGACAAAAGUGGUCAAGAAGGAGGUGCAGAAGAAAACCUAAGAGAGAUUCCAUUUUCCAGAACAUCAGAAAUUGAAGAAAUUCAAAGAGCAAUUAGUGCAGAAAAUGAUAGAAUUUGUACUUCACUGCCAAAAACUGAAAAUGAAAAAAAGGAACCAAUUGUGGAAAGGCAAUACCCUUCUGUCAGAAACUCUUUUUGUGGAAUAUUCAUGGAUUUUCAAAUGGCAAACCAACGACAAAGUAGCCGAAGUAUGGCUAAUAAGCAGAAAAAACGGAGUUCAGAACUUCUCCCACUAAUUGAUCUGGACUUCUCAGUUAGUUUUUCUUUGUUGGAUUUGCCUCCUGUAAAUGAGUACGACAUGUACAUCAGGAAUUUUGGUAAAAUGAACACUAAGCAGGCAUAUGUUCAGUGUAACGAGGACAAUCUUGAUAGAGACGUUCAGACUGAAGAAGUUGAGACAUUGGAGAAAUGGACACAGCAUCCAGGAGAAAGUGCCCUUGUAUCUGGAGGUGAAGAACAUUUUAAUCUUAUGAAUGGAGCUCUGACACCUAAAAUUGAUUCACAAAGAUUAGCAAACUUCCUCCGGUCUGCUUGCCAGGUGAUUGCUGUUUUGCUAGAGGAAGAUCAAGUUGCAACAGAACCCACGUGGAAAAUAAGAUCUCAACAAACCAGUCUGUCUAUUAGUGAUAGCUGUUCCCAGUUGAAUACUAACCAGCCAUUCCUCCAUGACCGAAAAAUAUCCUGCCUAUAUGUCUCUCAAGUUCAGAGGCAGACACUACUUUCUGUUCACGGAUUACCUGAAAAGGCAGGUGGUGUUUUACUGAACAGAAAAAGCAUCAUAUGUGUCUGGAACAUCUGGCAGCCCUCCAGUCCACAGAAAGUUUUAAUAUGCGACUCAGAGGUGAUAUGUUGCUGCUUUAGUCCCAGUAAAACAACAUUAGUUUUUGCUGGGACAAUAGAUGGUUCGUUGUUGGUGUGGGAUCUUCGAGAAGACUCAAGAAUGCACCCUCAUAUAACGAUUGGUGAAACUGCCUGGACGUUUAGAGUUCCAACAUUUUCCACUGAUGGCAUUCUAAACUCAGUAAACCACACCUCCCCUAUACUAGCAGUGGAACCUGUCUCAACCUCUCUUUACAAUGAUCAGAAUUAUGGGCUCUCAAGCCUCUCUUAUCAGAAGGAAAUGUCAGGCCCUCCAUUUCAGGUAGCUUCAAUGGAUGAAAAUGGAAUCCUCAAUACGUGGGUGAGUAAUAUACAUAUGAAAAGAGAGAGCAUCACAU